AAUCCUGGAAAAAAUGAUUACAAGUAGUUAUCACCCGUAAAUUUUCAAUUUCGUAUAUGUAUACUAUUUUUAAAUAAAAAUUUUUAUUAAAAUGAUGUAUAUACAUAGUUGAAUGGUACCUCAGGGAUUGUAAGGGGGAAAGUUAGCUCCCUGCUCCAUCCUUUUCCAUUUCACAGGGGCCGUUUCAGCCUUUGGUGUUUUUCCUAGGGCCUUGGUUUCAGAUUUCUAAGUAAUAUGCUUAUGCUGUUACUAGUUUACUAUGUUUAGACAUCUGACAGCUUCCUAUUUGAUGAUUUUUCCUUUUUCCUUUUUUCUCAUUCUGGUAUUUUUCCAUUAAAUUGGCAUCGUUCGAUUAUAGUGACCAUAUCUCUAUGUUCAUUCCUGAAUGAGUUGCCUGUGCUUCCUUUCCAUUCUCAACAUUUUGUAUUGGUUUUACACUUACAUCACAUCACUAAUUCUUCCGAAACAGUCCCAAAUAUGUAAAACUUUUUAAGAUCAAUUUUUCACAGGGUCAAAGCCCAACCGUAUACCUGUUUCAGUCUAAUUUCUCUCUUAUUCAUGUAUAUAUACAACUGUUUCUGAGACUUCAUCAUCCUGGGAUUUGUUUUCCUCUCUAGGGUUGGAGUCCACGUUUUCUGGACCCUGUGUCUUUGUUCUUAGAUUACUUGAUAGAGAACACUUCCUUCAGUGAAGGAAUGGGUGCCUAGAGGCUCAAUUACUUUGAGACUACCGCAUGCCUGAAAGGUAAUAUGGCUUGGUAUAUAAAAUUUUAGGUAGAAAAUCAAAUUCAGAAUUUUGAAGACCUCGCUCUAUUGUAAUAAAACUGUUGUGAUGUGCAAUUUUUAUUUCUUCAUUUUGUUAUUGGAGGCACUUUAGAGUUGUAAAAUUCAGCAAUAACUGCUUUGGUGGGCCCUGACCCUGCCCAGCCUCCCUCACCUACCCUCUGCCCACCCCCCCCCCCCCCCCCCCCCCCCCACAAAACCCACACAUACACACUUUGUCCUGGAACUCCAUGAAAUAACUAGAACCAAUGAAUUGAGCCUCUGGCUUUAUUUCUUAGAUCAUUUAUUGGGGGGGGGGGUAGAUUUCUAUAACGCAGUUUUUCAAUCUUUAUGAAAUCACCUGCCUGGAUUUAGUUCCAUACUUCAUUCUUGCCUCCAAUUCCUAAGCCCGCCUGAGUUCUGCCGUUCUACACAUGCGGGUAACGACCACUCUCUUUUCCGUAUUCAAUACAUUUGUUGGAAUCUUGUUCAGUAUUAUUUCUUCCAAUUUUCAUUCUUGUGGUUUUCUAAUUUUAAUUCCUAUUCUGCCUUUUUAAUGGGGUUUUAGGAGGAAGAAGAGAGAAAUGAGUUAAUCUGUAUAUUAAAUUUAUGGAUGGGUACAUCUUCAUGAAAUUUAUGGAUAGUUGCUAGACAAGGAUUACUGGGGCUUCAAUGUAUAAAAAUAAUUGAGUUUUCUCAAAAGUAGCAAAAUGGUAUAUGAUAGUUCAUAUCAUAUGAACCAGCUCAUUCCUUGGUUCUUGAUUGAUUCUUGCCGGUUUAAAGGAAUUUAAAAUGGUCCCUGCCUACUCAGUUCUUAAUGUUUUGAGGCUCAAGCAUUAAUUUUGAAGCAACCAGCAUCCAUGAUUCAAGGCUGUGAUGGCAUUUACUGAAUUUCCUGGGAGUUGAAUCUAGAUAUGGUAAAGUGAAAUAAAAAUCAAGAAAUACUUAAAAGUGCCCCCAGAUUAUUUCAGGUGAGAAUACCCAUUUUCUUCUUAUGACUGAACUCUUGAUGUGAUCUUUCAAGUACGUAAUAAAUAAAAUGAGGUAUGUAUGUCAUCUUUCUUUGCUUUCACGUGCUUCUCCAGAAGUCUAAUUAAUCGCAAGCCAUAAGAACUUUUCAUCCCUUUCCCUGGUGUAAAAUAUGGUUGAAUUCAGACUUUGAGGUAAGGAAUUGCUUAGGCUACAUUUUCCUCAUCCCUGAAGGGGGACUGAUAGGGUUGUAAGGUUACAGGAGUGAGAAAAACAUACAUAGUACAUAUUCAAAAUGAGGCUGCUGUUCAGAGGUUUGAUGGUUCGAGACUGAUCAGGUAGCUAGGAGAUUUAUAAACAGGCUGAUAAUAUAACAGCAAACAAACAUUUUCAUUUUUCAAGAAAUUUGGCAUAGCUUUUUAAUGUAUAAUGUACCUCUGAGGAGACAGUUACUAGUUAUAUUGCUUCCUCCGUGAACUGGUCCCCUGGUACAGAUGAAGUUUCAGGAGAUGGCAUUCCUUUCCCCUAAAUGUAGACCGAGGUCCAUACUAAAUAUAAAUGUAAAGAAAGUUCCGUGAAGCAAACAUUUUCUGAUUGAUGUACAAACUGUUUCAAAGAUCCAUAGAUGUGUCCAUCUAGAUGUGCAAUGGAAGGUAGGUUUGGAAAGGACUGCGUAUCUGAUUACUGCCCAGCCCUUAGUGUCCUGCCAGGAUAGUUUGUCCCUGUAGCCUGCGAAUGGGACUCAGGAUGGCAGUCCUCACUGUAGCUCCUCUCAUGAACACCAGAGGGCAGACGCUCCUUGGCGUGCCUGUGAGGGAACCCCAUGAGAGAGUCUGGCAUUUCUGAGAAAGCGGAUGCAUAAAAACUCAGAAUAAAUAAAGGCUUUGAGUAGAAAGGGAAGUUGAUGAGACACAGUGCUUCUCUCUUCUGCAGCGGGUCUGUAGCCAUACAAUCUCCCACUCGCAAUCUUUUUUUUUGCAGCUUCUGGAAGCACUCGGAGUUCUCUGACGUGCCAUCAUCCCAGUUAGUAUCACAACCUUUCUCUGUCGCGCUUUAUUGCAGUCCUCUGGUUGGUCUGGAGUCCUGUCAGAAUGGCAGCUCCGGUCCGCUACUGGAUAUUUAUAUAUGGGAGCAUACCGUGGCAGAAGUGCUAGAAAUGUGUCCGCUUACCCGGUCCCAUCAGCCAAAUAAGGACAUUAACUUCGGUCCAAUAACAACCUCAACAGUUACCAAUUGAAUCAAGGCAUGGUGGCUUUUUCUUUUUAAAGCAUAGUUUCAGUAAUAUAGUCACUAAAAACCUUAGACAUUGCAUAAAAAGUAUUUGGAAAUCUUACACUGCUUGGCUAAAUUAACACUAAAUAUAGACCAACAUCAUGCCGGGGUUUAUGGGCCUUGUAGGAGCACCCGUUCGCUGAAGGAAGGCAAAGACAGGACUACAGAAUUCAUAGAAAGUUUUACUGUAGUUGCUUCUGAAUAGUAUUUUUUUUUUCUUUCUUUUCUUUUCUGGUAACCUAGCAGUCAAAGCUCACAUUUUUUGAACUAUGAAUCAUUCCCAGGACACCAGCUCUCGAAGCAUGCCUGAAGAUCGAAAGCUUUAUAUUGUGGAUUCCAUAAAUGACUUAAACAGACUGACCCUCUGUCCUGCUGGCUCCCAGCAUCUGCUCCCUCUCCAGGAGAAAAUCCCAGACGUUGGCACUAACUCAGGAAACGGAAGUCACAGUCUAUUUUUUAUGGGGCUGAUAAUUGUGCUGAUUGUCAGUCUGGCACUGGUUUCCUUCGUGAUCUUUCUAAUAGUUCAAACUGGAAACAAGAUGGAUGAUGUGUCGAGAAGACUAACAGCUGAGGGAAAAGACAUAGACGAUCUUAAGAAAAUCAACAGCAUGAUCGUAAAGCGACUCAAUCAACUGGACGCGGAACAAAACUAAAGAAAUGAGCAUCUAAAAGCAGCCGCCAGCACCUGAGCUUGGCGCUUUAUUGGGUGUGCACGGGCUUAUGAACUGAGCAUGCGCAUUUCUGCAGGCAACAGACCAUCUGGUUAGCGAUCCCAACCCUGGGGCCAAGUUAAUGCUGUAGGGUUGGGAGCGACUCCAAGGCAAAGGGGUUUGGGGAUAGCAACCAGAAAAAGGGCUCGUUGUAUGCUGUGUCCUUCUGCUUUAUUGGGGUUAAGGGUGGCUGUUAUGGAGGAGAACCAAUAGUAAGCCAGAGAAUUUGGCUCUGUACAUACAACUUGUCUUACAAAAGGAGCUUUCAUCACCAGAACAAGUUCCCUGUGCCAGUGAGGUUCAUGGUGCCUCGUGUAUCUUUAUGAAUUCCUGUGACAGUCUCAUGGUUUCAUUGAAGUAUUUGUUUUCAAGGGAACCAGGUGUUAACUCUUUUCAAUAAAAGAAAAUUUGCUCAGGUGAUUAAA